GUAACGUGAACUCCCCUGAGCAACAACAGCACAGACACAACACUGAGCGGAGGAGUGAGGAGAGAGGAGAGAGGAGAGAACUGAGAUUUCAAUCAGCAGCAUCAUGAACACAGUCAGACAGACACGCUGGUUUCUCGCGCUCCUGCGCUGCCUCCUGGUUGGCACUGUGAUUGACUCCUCUUCCCCGUCCUCCAUCGCCCGCUCCCGGUCCGUCAUCUCCACGGUGGGGAACCAGGCGGUCCUGCCCUGCAACUGGAAGUCGCGCCUGGGGGAGGAGGCCCCGCCCACCUGCCACAUCCAGUGGACGACCCCGGCCGACACCGUGUUCGAGCUGCGGGGGGAGCACAAGUGGCAGGCGGAGGAGUUCGAGGGCCGGGUGGAGGUUCCUGAGGAGAGCCUGGGGUCCGGGGACUGUUCCCUGAUCAUCAGUGACGUUCAGAUCGGAGACGCGGGGCGAUACGAAAGCUUCAUGGUGGUGGACGGAGUGAAGUCCACAAAAACCAGGGUCUUCAUCCAGAGCGUCAAGCUCUCUGUGUUUGACCAUAAAUCCCUUCAGUCUCGAGGUCCAGGUGAGGACCUGGUUCUGGAUCUCUACACCCAGCACUCUUUGAGAGUGGUCUUCCAGAGCAGAUCCCAACCCCACCAUCGUCUGGAAAAAAAGACUUUCCACUUUGUUCUGUUUUGUGUUGCUGUCAUGAACACUGGCGUCUCUAGGGGGCGCUGGCGGACUUUAAGUCUUGUUUUUGUGCCUUUGCUCCACAGGAACAGCUCGCAGUGGUCAGACCUGUGGAUGAGGGGCGAUGAAGACAGCCACCGCCUUGAGAAACACCCCGAGAAAGAGCAGCUGACCGUGAAGAGGUUACACAGCUCAGACGAGGGAACGUAUAAAGUUCUGGACGAGUACGGCCUCGCCGUCAGCACCGUGCAGCUCGCCGUGGAAGAAAGCUCCACAGCUCGCAGAGUCCACGUGGUUCUGGAUCAUCAGACACCAGCAGGUGACGCUGCCAGAAGCAGCUGUUCAGCUCUUCUUCUCUUCUGGUCUCUUCUUGUCACGAGUUUACAAACUCUUCAUCUCCUCUGAGGGUUUUUCCUUCACAGAAGAGCUGCAGCAGACUUCAUGUUGACAGCUGCCCCGCACACUAAGACCAAACGUGAUGAAACUUCCUCUUUGUCAGUCAGCGUCUCCGUGUUUCUGUCGCCUGAGUCGUGUUUCGGAUGAACCAGUUCAGCCGCGUGUGGGAUCGGAUGUAAGUUAAGUACAGAAUGAAGGUUUGAGUGAAGGACAGUUUGCAGUUUGUGUAAACAUUUCUUUCCAAAGUGCAUUGACCACAUUCACAUGGCGGCCAUUUUCCUGUGAUGUCACGCUCAGGGUGGGACAUUCGGAUGCUGUCAUUAAAGGAAAAUGUGCUGCUGCGUUCAAGUAGCCUCCCUACUUAAAAUUCAGAUGUGUUUUUCGAGGACCUGGUCUGUCAAUAAAGUUGUUCUUCAUACAAAGUGAGAGAGAACAUGAACACCGGAGCCAUGACAUUAUUAGCCUAGCUUAGCAUAAUGACUGGAAGCAGAGGGAAACAGCUAGCCUGGCUCUGUCCGAGGUUCAGAAAUCCGACUACGUGGUACCAACUACUUAAUUUAAUGAUACAAUAGUGAAAACGUUUGUUUUUGUGUAUGUUCAGGGAGAUUUGUUGACUGAGAAAAAUGUUACAUAAAUAACACAUAACGAGCGGUUAGCGUAGCUCGUUCCUGUUCUAUGAACAGAUGCAGCGACCCGAGAAGCACCUCUGUCUCUGUCUUCACCCCAAAUCUAAGAUCAGUGGGACAUAUUGAUGUGUGUUCAGUGGGAGCUGGUUUGAACAGUAAAAGUGAAAAUACAAAGCUUGCUUUAUGUCACUGAGAUCCCUUCUGACUAAUAAAAUAGUAUUUUUGCAUAUUCCAUUAAAUAUUAAGGUGAUUAGAUUGUAAUUAAUCAGAUUUCCUCUCUUCUAGACAGCUUCAGAUUUAUACAGAUAAACUCUGAUUACGACUGUCAGUGUGUUUUAUUCUUAAUGGGCCGGUUCAUGUGAUGUGAUUGACUUUAAAUACUCUGAAUACGAUCAUUUUUCAGUUUAAACCACUAUUCUUCUGUGUUUAUUUGUACAAAGUGAUUACAUUUUAGUUAUUUAUUUGUAUUCUCUCCACCUAAAAAUCAAAUAAAGAGAUGAAGAUAUAACAAGCAA